CAACCAUGCAAGCUCAGGUAGGGAGUCCACUUUGGUAACUCCUGCUGCACAGCAACAGGUUCUGGUUCUGCCGGUUGUUCUGAAGACAUAUCUGGACCGCUGGUUCUGCUCCAUCCUCCUUUCUGAUCUUUUGUGUGCGGAGAGAGAUGUAAAGGUCUUUGGGAAUAAAUGCAGAGUUUCUAGUUGUUCAGCCCCAAAGAGCUGAAGGAGACAAGGGUUCCCAGCUCUGAGUGGGAUGUUAACAGACUGGUGGCGCGUUGAGGCUGAAGGAGCAUGGUGAAACACCAACCGUUACAGGUCUAUGAGAAGCAGGUCUUUCUGUCUUUGGUUACUGGGAUCUAUGGUUGCCGCUGGAAACGCUACCAGCGUUCCCAAGACGAGAGCUCCAAGUGGGAAUGUGCAUGGUUCAUCAUCUUGAGCAGUUCUUUCCUCCUGCUUCUCCUGUGGGCCUAUUUUUGGUUGGUUUCUCAGAAUGAUUUUAAUGACUUCAACUGGUCCGUCUACAAUCAUUCUGGGAAAUGGAGGGACGAGACCGUCCCCAUUCUCACCUCAACCACUGUGGGACUCAGCUAUAUCACAUUCCUCUUGAUUUUGGCACUUUUCCACAUAUCACUGGGUCAACAACUGAACCUAUACUGGGUUCAUAAGAUCGGAGUUCUGGCUACGCUACUCACCACUGUCUCUGGUUUUGUCUCUGUGGACGACAUUUGGGGAGAUGAGUGGGAAAUCAUUCAUAUUUCACUACAGUUCACUGCCCCUUUCCUGCACAUCGGAGGCCUGGUCACUGUCACAGCUGUCAGCUGGCUGGUAGCCGGCUAUGUGGUUCGCAAAGAGAGAUCCAAUUUUCAGGGGAUGGUGUUGGCAGUCUUCAUCAUAGUCCUUCUGGCUCUCUGCCUUGCUCCUCUUACCUUCACCUGCCCCUGUAUUAUGGACCGUCAUGUCCUCAAACCACCACCAGCCAUUAUUGGUCGACGAGGAGCUCCUAUGCUGGCCCCUGAAAACACCAUAAUGUCAUUUAGCAGAGCCCUUCAGCAUGGAGCUAGCUCUCUGGAAGCAGAUGUCACCAUCAGUGUGGAUGGAGUUCCUUUCCUCAUCAGGGACCAUACUUUAAGUCGGACUACAGACGUCAGUAAAGUCUUCCCCUCCAGAGAGCACGAAGAUGCCUCCUUCUUUAACUGGACAGAGAUUCACUCUUUAAAUGCAGGGCAUUGGUUUUUGGAGAGCGACCCCUACUGGACAGUAAAAACCUUGAGCACGAAGGAUCGCACCAGGAUAGCAAACCUGACAAUUUGCAGCUUGGUAGAUAUGCUACGUCUAGCAGCCAGAGCCAACUGCUCUGUGUUGCUCAACAUCCGCAAGCCUGCACCAGAUCACCCCCGCUUCCGCAGCUGGUUUAUGGACACACUGUGGACUCUGCAAAAAGCAGGGAUUUCCCAGAAAAAGGUGACAUGGGCCCCUGACACAGACAGAGGACGGGUGCGAGCCCUUCACCAAACCACAAACGAGAAGCUGUCUGUGGAAGAGAUAAGGCACAGGGGAAUUACAAGUGUGACCCUCCACUAUAGAAAGAUCAGCUACGAAGACAUUCAGGAAUAUCUGGCACACAAUGUGAGCUUGACUGUCUACCCUGUGAAUGAGCCUUGGCUGUACUCCAUUCUGUGGUGUAGCGGGGUGCCUUCCGUGUCCUCCGAUGCCCCUCAAGUUCUUCACAAAGUGCCUUACCCCGUCUGGCUCAUGAGUCACAGUGCUUACAACUUCAUCUGGAUCUCUUCAGACAUUGUCUCUGUUGCUGUCAUCAUGGGAAUUUUCUUUUUCCAGAACUAUCAUAUGAUCAGGUGGAGAAUAGGCGGGAUGCAGAACUACAAUCCAGAACAGAUCAUGUUGAGCGCUGUGGUGCGACGACCCAGUCGAGACGUCAACAUCAUGAAAGAGAAACUCAUUUUUUCAGAGUUGAACAAUGGGCUGGGCAGCACUGAGGAGCUGUCUCUGUUUCCUGAGAACGGUCAUGUCAGAAGCUCUCAUGGACGCCUCAACUGCUGAACAACACAAACUGAUAUAAAAUAUAUUCUGUCUGAUGCAGUAAAAAAAACCACUGAUUAUUAUUCAGACUAAAAAGGUCUCUUGUUAGCGGCACUGAUGGAAGGUGCUGCUUCUAGCCGAAAUGCGGAUAAAUGUUUCCCUGUAUAGCCUGUUUAUUAACUUGAAUAUUAUUAUAAAAAGGCUGUUUUGGUCAAAUAAAUAACUUUUUGAUGUG